AUUUGGAAAUUAUCGGAUCAUCGCGAACUGUAAACUAGUUAUGCCAUUACUCAAUCGAUGCGAACCUGUAAGACUGAGCACUCAUCUAGCUUAAAACCUCUUUUCUACUCGAUCAAGCCCAAUGCUCGCCCAGCCUCAAAAUAUACUUCAGGUGUCACUAAAGUCACUUUCCCAGGAAUGCGCGCUGGAUAUAACGCCUUUUGCCACCCCUCAGAGGUACCGUCUCAUAGAUUGUGAUCAGUUUAUGCAGAACGAAAUGCUUUGCAUCGACGAGUUCGUGGAUUUUCCAUCGGUUCAAUACGCCGCUUUAUCAUACGUCUGGAAAGGUAACCCUGUCGAUCCUUCCGACGCGAAAAGCCACCAUAGUUUUUCCGUGGCAGGCGCGCUAGAUGGGGAUCCAAUCAGCAUCCAUGUUCUGAAACACGCCUGCUUGGUUGCUGUUAAACAUGGGGUCCGCUACAUCUGGCUCGAUCGGCUGUGUAUCAUGCAGACCAAUCGCGAAGACAAGAACUGGCAGAUCAAACAGAUGAGUAAAAUGUAUAAGAGGUGCAAUAUAUGUGUUGUUCUUCCUGGGGGCGUGCAGAAACUUGUGCGGAUCGAUGAAGAGACUGCUUGGAUUCACCGGGGGUGGACACUGCAGGAACUGCUGAUGCCAGAACGUGUCAUUGUGCUACUCGCAUGGAAACUUGGAGAAGGCUCCAUGAUGGCCGACGAUGCGUCUGGCUCCGUGAGUGAGGUUACGCCACAGGAAUCUGCCGUGAUGUCAGCGACCGACGUUCUAAAUGCCUGCGUUGCAGGCUAUCUCAGCUUCACCUCCACCCACUCUCCCUCUCCGUUCCUCAUUCGAAGCUGCGUAUUCGGCGCCGCCUCGCCGAACCUGUCCGCGACGACAGUCGCUAUGUCCGAGGAACUGGCAUCCGACCCGGACGCGCGCGACCACGCGAUCUGGCAGAGUGCACUGAUGCGGACGUCGUCGCGUCCCGUAGACAUGGUGUUCAGCAUUAUGGGCCUCUUCGGGGUCAUCCUCGACCCCAGUAUGUUCCACAAGGACGAUCGCCUUGGUGCCACGAUUGCACUCGCGAAGGAGAUACUACGCACAGGCGGUAGGGCUAGUUGGCUUGGCAUGUCUUUCCGCCUGCCUCCGUGCAGCACGCUAUGUACGUUUCCGAUGUUCGCGGGGACGAGCGUGUCGGGGAAGGCGCUUGUGCGCACAAAGAGGGGUUUGCGUGAAGUUGCUGAGUUCGUUGAUGGAGAGUACCCUAACGAACUAGGGCUUGGCGCUCCGUUACCAGGCGGGAGCAUGGAUGAUGCUGGUUAUUUCACAUUCUCAGCCAGGGCAGUUCAUUUGGUUCCCAGAAUAGGAAACAGAGAUGAGCGCGCAGAUGAGAUCACGAACUCGGAUCGCAGAUUAGUUACAUCGAUGAAUGGAAAGGCCUGGGAGAUCGUCAGCGAGGAGGAGCAUGGCGAUUCCACGUCACCACGUAAUACCUACGGGAUUAUACUAGGCUGGUUUCAAGACUACUACCCAGGCGCCACACUGGCCCACAACAAACACUACAUAAAGGGGGCGGUGGUAGAAGAACAUGCCCCCGAAAAAUUUCAUAUCGUGACGUUCUUCUCCCUACACCUACGCGAUAGGCAAUGGGUCAAGAGUUGGCAGGAGCGUCAGUUCACUGUUGGCGGGCCAAAUGCACUUACGCACACGGGAGACGAUGCUUUUGACGAGAACGAAGGGUAUCAGUUGUUGGAGGAGAAUAAGGCGUCCAGGAGACAUGUCGCGGGGGCGAAAGCCAGAUGGGCGAGAUCUCAGAUCGAAGCGGAGGACGAUUAUAUGUCGAAGUACUACACCUGAGCGCUCAUAUGCGCCAUGAAGAUAUGGAGCGCAUGCAGCGGUUAACCCCUGUCAAACCGCGCAUCAACAGCUAACUGGCUGAUAGGAAUCUGCAUAUCCCCAAGCUGCAGGACUUGUCACAGAAGUUGAAACAGAGUCAAUCAUCAGGAGACCUGACGAAGCUACAAAAACACAAGAAAUUUGACUGGGCGAGAUGAUCAACAAAGUACAU